AUGAAUUCAUUAUUCGAACUUUUAGAUUGUUAUGAUGAAAAAGAAAAGGAGAUCUUUGAAUUCCUCAAUUCAAAUAAAAAUAAUAUGAUGGAUUUUUUGAAAUUAGUAAUUGAAACCCCUAGUGACUUACAUCCAAAAUAUCCUUUCAUUGUCAGCGAAUUAAUGUUUGGAAGCUAUGAACAACUACUACAAAUGAUGUUUGAGUGGAAUGGAGAACCAAUUUAAUAUUUGCUGACAUUCUUCAAUUAUCCAUAAAAUGACACUUCGUGUGGCUAUUUUGAAAAAAUGAUAAGACCUCUAAUUUUAUUGAAAUCAAAUGAAAUCAAACCCUUCUUAGAUAUUUCUUCAUGGAUUAAAUAUAUUGAUUAGGAGUCUAUUCAAAAUAUAUUCUAAACAAUAUUGGCAUCAAGCAAUUUGGAUGACAAUUUCAAACAAGAUCUGUUGGGAAUGCUGUUAAAUUAAAAUAUUAUAAGUGAGAAUGUGUUUCGUAUAAUAAUUAAAUACUCAGACUUAUUUUAAAUAUACGUGAAUCGAUACCAGGAAAUUUUUAUUGUCAUUUGUAAUCAAUCGCCUUCCUCAUUUCAUUAAUUAUGCACUAUUGAAUUAUUUAUGGGAUGGAAUAUGAUAAAUCUAGAAUGGCUUCAUAACUAAAUUAAUUAUUUGGAAUCGCUAAUCUAUAAAAAUUUUGAUUUUUGCAAAUCCAUGAUGAAUUUCUUACAUAAACCAUAAGGACUUACAGAAAUUGAUUUAAAAAUCAUACAUAUACUAUCGCAAACAAUGAACAGACCAGAAACAAUUAAAUUUCAGAAUGUGUUAUUGGAAUUGUUAAUUAAAUAUGAAUGGAAUAAUAAUUUAUAAAAUAUUGCCAUUAAAAUGUAUGAGCAAAUGUCUUAAGGGGAUACACCUCAUAAAUAAUAUUUUCAAUCAAUAAUAACUGAUUUCAUAACAGCUAAUGUAAAUUUCUAAAAAUUCGAGUUUGGAUUAAAAACCUAAUUGCCAAGAGGAUACAGAUGGGUGUUUACUAGAAUCGUAAAAUUAUUUUCAUUAAACUUCGAUUAAGCUUAAGACAUAAAUGUAUUGGAGGGCAAAUAUUUAUUAAAUGAAGACCCUUAUAAUACCAGAGAAAGAUAAUCUAUUAAUAUUCUAGAGAAGGUAUCAGAAAGAAGAACAUAAUGGGCAAAAAGAAUAUAAGAAGAGGAAAUGUAAAAACAAGAGGAAAAAGAACAAAUUUAAAUUGAAGAAGAAGAAAAUAAUGAAAAUGAUUAAUUCUUUCAACCUAGAAAUAGUUUUGGAGUCAAACCACCAAUAAUAAAUAAUGAUGAAGAAGUGGAAGAUGAAAUUCCUGUAAUAGAAAAUUAACCUAGAAACAGUUUUGGAAUAAAACCAAUAAUAUAUGAGGAAGAGGUGGAAGAUGAAAUUCCAAUAAGAGGAAGAUCCAGUUGUUAAUUCAAAUAAGACGAUAACGAUUGA